CCGUCCCAAUGAGCCAGAAGUUGAGACUCGAGUGCACCUUCACUGGAGCUCCUAAGAUGUUCGUCACUUGGUACAAGGAUGGCAAGCAGCUCUACGCUUCGUAUAGACACAACACAAAGAUCGUUGGAAACGCUUGCAUCUUGGAGGCCCUGCACGCCUGCAAGAGUGAGACUUCUGGAAUCUACUCUUGCGAAGUUAGCAAUUCUUACGGAACUGACAUCUGCCAUGCUGAAGUCAACACAGCACCAGAUACCCCCAGAUUUGCGAAGACGCUGACCAGCCACAGCCUGAAAAAGGGAGAGAAACUCCAUCUUAAGUGCUCAUUCACAGGAGCAGAAAAGAUGUUUGUCACCUGGUACAAGGAUGGCAAACAGCUGUACGGCUCCUACCGCCACAACACCAAACUCACGGGUAACUCCUGCGUCCUGGAAGGUCUACACGAGAGUAACAGAGAUACCACUGGAAGGUACUCCUGUGAAAUUAGUAAUUCCUAUGGAAGGGAUAUCUGCCACGCUCAGAUCAACUUCGGGACAGGUGUGUACUGCCUUUCCAUUGGGAAGUUACUGGCAUGACUGCCUCUCUGUUGGGGAUUUACUGUGUUACUGUGCAAUCUCUUGACUCAUAGUGAAUAGACCAUCACCUACAAUUACACCUACAAUUAUACUCUAUAUGCAUUUAUCUCAAUAUGGAAACUCUUAGUUAACACACUCUAUAUGCAUUUAUCUCAGUAUGGAAACUCUUAAUUAACACACUCUUUAUGCAUUUAUCUCAGUAUGGAAACUCUUAAUUAACACACUCUAUAUGCAUUUAUCUCAGUAUGGAAACUCUUAAUUAGCACACUCCAUAUGCAUUUUUGGCUUCUUCAUUCAUCAUGUAAUAUCUAUAUUGAGUUUGACAAAAAGACAAUACAAGGAAACAUUUUUGUCCAAUUUAAGAUUGAUCAUCACCAAUCACCAAUCUGCUACCCGCAACCCCAGUCCACCCCCUCAUUGACCCACAGGCUUGAUAAUGUGAUUGUUUAUUCUGUUUAAUUAAACAUUGUCUUUGAUCCUUUAACAGCCCACCCUGACUUCAUCUUGUCGGCUGAAUAACAUGUGGAAGCGA